AUGUCAGAGGCGCUCGCCAUCGAUGCUCAGUCUCUAAGAAGAACUCAGUCCACUGGCGAUAUCCACCCACCGUCAAGAGCCCGCCUUUCAACGUCACAUCAUCACUCCGAACAUGACGGGAGGAAUUUCAAUGUUAGUUCGUCACCAAUUGCGGAAGGGACCGCUGAGGACACAACAAUCCCUACAGGGCAACAACAAAGUAGAAGAUCCUCCACUUCCACUUCUCAACCACACCUUUCCUUAAUCCCGAGAGUCAAAGCCUUCUUUGGGUUUGGUCCUGAUGCAUCUAGAACACGUAAAGCUCUCGUAUCAGUCGUGUGGUCGUUGGUGUAUGGUUUCAUUCAAGUUGCGGCUAUCAUCGCCGUGCUGGGUGUAGCCUCUGUAGUCACUAGUCCAACGGAGGGAAAUGUCCAUCAGAUCAAUGCUUGUGGGCGGCCGCUCGUUGCCUGGAAUUGCAUUUGGAUAGUGAAGGUUUGUUUGUCAUCCACCCUGGCGUAUUGGAAUUUUGUUAGAAUCCGAAAGGCGGAGGGUGCAGGGAGACCAGGUGAUCCUGAGUCCGGUGAUCGUUCCCGAACGUCUAAUGAUGGGGGACCUCAUCGUAGCGACCCCCCGAGUCGUCGUCGACAGAGAGAUCCUCAUAGACGGGCCAGGAAUGCAAGUUCCGGUGGCACUCCAAAUCAAGAAGAGCCAUCACCACCAUAUUCUUAUCUUUACGCGCGCUUGUCACUCCUUUCAUCCAUGCUCACUUUGACAUGGUUCCUAACCGCGCAUAUUUUGGAAUACACAUCCGUUAACUCAUGUCGACUUUCUUCGCCCCUCGUUUGGUGGCUUACUUUUGGGAUUUUGUGCACAAUGUAUUUCCUGGUUCUCGAGGUCUUGGUUUUCGGUUUUCUUGUUUUCAUGGUUUUGCCUUUCAUUAUGCUUUUCUACAGUAUUAUCCUAUUAUGCCUUGGUCGUCACCCACUCCAAAACCCUCACUAUAUCAAGCCCGAAAUCGACAAGCUUCCCAAAGCUAUUGUCGAACGUAUCCCUCUACCGAUCUCUUUGCCAAAACCUGUGCAUAGUUAUCCACCCAAAGCACCAGCCUCGCGGACGCCAAGGAGGCGAUUUGCUUUCUUUCACCGUAGAUCCACCAAGUCCGAACAAGGCGCUGAGAUCCGUGACGGCAAACAGAGCGUGAAGUCGGAGGUCAAAGAUCCAGAAACUUGGGAAGAUAACUGGGAGCAAUGUAAGUAUCCUUUUGUCCGAUUGGAGGGCAACCGAGCUGCCUGCGCCAUCUGUUUGAUGGACUUCGAGGAACCAAAACGACUUUCCGCUGCUGCAGAGGCAAGCACGAUGGAGAAGAGUGAAGAACAAGCUGCGGUUACGCUCACCGAAGACAAUCCGCCCCGCCAGCGUGAGGAGGAAGUUGAAAUACCAGUGGAACGUAUUACUGAAGAAGAAAGAGGUGGCCUCCCUCGCCUUGAAGACGCGGGAGUGGGUCCGCAACCCCUUCGACUGCUUGCUUGCGGCCACGUGUUCCAUAAAACAUGCAUCGACCCUUGGUUAACUGACGUGUCAGGCCGAUGUCCGGUGUGCCAGCGACCUGUCGAGCUGGAUGACAUGGAACCGAAGAAGUCGAAGCGGGGACGUCGCUCAUGACCGCAUACGCAUUCGGCUUUCCAAAUUCCGCAAAUUUAGUGGUUUCGGUUUGUGGGUGACGAACUACUACUGUAGGCACCGAUGUACAUCAUACAUUGCAUUGUAUAUUCAUUGGACAAUAUUGAUUUCUGCGAGCCUGCAGAGCUUGCAGGUUAAUUCCGAUAUAUUGUGCCAAGAAUUGCGUGCGUCAGCUG